CUUAAACGGUCAUAUCUUUUGUUAUUAUAGAUUUACCCUAAUUUAUCUUAAGACCGUGAGAGGAAAAUGAUUCGAUCGAAUCAUGAAUCAUUGUAAAUCUCAUGACACUCAGGAAAGAAUCAUUUGGAAAGAACUGAAAGUUCAUCAGUUUUAGUUUAACAGCUGUGAAAUCAAGUGUGUUAUCAGUGACGAGAAGUCGGGGCAUUGUUCUUUCUCUUCUUUCUCUUCUUUUUUCAACACUUCUACAAAAGUUACAGUUCUGAUUCAGAUGGCAUCCAAAAACAGAGAUAAACUCCAGGAGCCUCUGUGCAGGUACAUCUCAGACACUCUCAAACUCAUUGAAACUGUAAAGGAGUUCUGUGACAAAGAAGCAGAAUGGACCACAAAGAGACAGUUCGAGCUCAAAAAAAUAAAGAACAUCAAGGACAAGAUCGAAAACAAGAACCAGACAUGGGGCCAGAAGAUAUGGAACCAUCUGAAAAAAGAUUCUAGAAGGCAGGAGCUGGAGAAGGAGCUAGGAGAGGUUCUGAAGAACACUUUAGAAGGCCUGGAGAAACUCCAUCACUUUCUGGAUGCAGUGGAGAAGCUAUCAGUCACCUCAGUGCAUGUCUUUAUAGAUGGAAAUGCAAAUUUCAUGCCAGAGGAAGUGAGUUCCAUGUCCGUAAAGUUAGUGAUCUCUGCAGCCAGAAUUGUGUCUCCACUCCUUAUCCACUUCAAGAGAGAUCCAGGAAAUUUCUUUUUGCCAAACCUCUUCAACAUUGAAGUUCUGAUCUUCCAGCUGGAAAAAUACAUACGUGUCACUCAGAAGAUCUGUAAGAAGAUGCAAGGAGAGAAAAUGCAAAAGCAGCUGCACAGGUACAUCUCAGACACUCUCAAACUAAUUGAAACUGUGAACGAGUUCUGUGACGGGGAAUCAAAAUGGACUAUGGAGAGACAGACUGAGAUCAAAAAGAUUAAAAACAUUAAGGACGAGGAUGAGAACAAAAACCAAACUUGGGAAAAAAAUAAACAGAGCUAUAUGGAAAAAGAUUCUAGAAGGCAGAAGCUGGAAAAAGAGCUAGGAGAAGUAUUAAAAAACACUUUAGAAGGCCUGGAGAAACUCCAGGGCUUUUUGGAUGCAGUAGAGAAGCUAUCUGUCACCUCACUGUUCGUCUUUGAAGAUGAAAAUAAGAGCUUCAUGCCAGAGGAAGUCAGUUCCAUGUCCGUAUGUUCCGUGAUCUUAGCAGCCAGAAUGGUGUCUCUACUCCUCAUCCACCACAUCAAAAGAUAUGAAGGAUCUUUCUUCAUGCCGAGCAUCAUCAACGUGGAAGCCCUGAUCUUCCAGCUAGAGAACUACAUCUCCGUUACUCAGCAGAUAUGCAAGAAGAUGGAGGAAAGAAGCAACAAUCGGAGAUCAUCAUUGGAAUUUAAUUUGAACAUGACUGAGAACCUGUAUGACCAUGUACUCCAGCUAAACAAAAUCAGAAUGGACGAGUCAUUCAGAAUGAAUUUCCUAUUUGAUAAAAAAGCACAGAACUUCAUUGAAUUAUUCAGUGAGCGUCACUCCAGGAUGGUUCAGUUCCUGUCUGAUUUAGAGGAAGCUGCAGUUCAGCUGGACAGGAUGAAGAAAGGUUCCAACAUCUCCACUGUGGCUGGAAGUUCAGUCGGUAUUGCAGGAGGUGUUUUGUCCAUCGUAGGAUUAGCUCUUGCUCCUGUUACUGCAGGUGUAUCUCUGGCUCUCACACUCACUGGUGUUGGUCUUGGAGUCACUAGUGGCGUUAACAGCCUUGUUACAGGCAUCACUGAAAUGGCAGUCAACAGUCACCAAGGAAAAAAGGCCAACAACACCUUUGUCAAUUUUAUGGAAGAUGUGCAGAUGAUACUGGAUUGUAUGGAAACAGUGGCCAGAACUGAGGGUCCUGUAGUAGGUCCUCAGGUUGUGACCACAGCAGUUGAAGUUGUGAAACUGGCAGCUCGUGUCGGAGCUUUAGGAAAAGGUAUUGAUGCUAUUGUGGAUGGAGCUUCAGCUGUAAAAGUUUUAGGAAGUGAAGAGGUGAUUGCAAAAGCAGUUAAUUUGGGACUUCAGGAAGCUCAAGCCAGUCGGAGCAUCCCAAAGCUGGCUGCAGAUCUUCCUGAUGUUGGCCAGGUGGCUAAAGGAACUCCCGUGGCUCUUUCACAGUCAGCCAGGGCAGGGUUCAUUGGCUUAAAUGCCUUCUUUAUUGGUCUAGAUGUGCUUUUCAUCUGUAAAAGUGGAAUGAGUCUCGCCAAAGGGAGCAAAAAUGAAGUGGCUCAACUCAUUUGCUCUAGAGCAGCUCUGUGGGAAUCAGAGGUGGAGGCUUGGGCGAAGAUCCAUAACCAUCUAUUUGAAGGGGUCUCAGGGUUUGACAAGAACUGGAAAACCCUAAAGCAACACUUCCACAUUUAAUAUACAGUGGAAUCUUGGAUUAUGAGCAAAAUUUGUUCCAUUAGGGGGGGCUCGUAUUUCAAAACACUGGUAAAUCAAAGCAAAUUGUCCAUAACAAAUAAUGGAAACUCAAAUUAUUCGUUCCACAGCCCAAAAAAAUCAAAACAUAAAAAUAAUUAAUACAAAAUAUAAAGUAAAAAUAAAACAAAAAAACCUGCACCUUACCUUUUAAAACAUGGAAAAAUAAAUCCUGACAGUGUUUCUGUUUAUGCGUGCAGGCGCUCUGUGUGUGUGUGUGUGUGUGGUUAGAGUAAGUGGAGACUCUUGCUUUCAGGCCCUCCUGUCUCCCCCUCCUCAUCUUACACAUUAAAACUUUCUCCUCUCCUUUAAACACACACAACAAACAAACACACACACACACACACACACACACACACACACACACAUUAACGGAAAGACUGUUGUUCUCUUCUAAAUUGUUAAAUCUUCUCUGCUUUUUUUAUGUUGUUUUUUAUGACAGCAUAACAACUCCUUAAUUCAUGCUUGUGUAAUGAUGAAUAUUUAAGCAUAUACCCAAAAUGUAUUCCACUUAAACAUUACAGAUUAAAACAAGGAGAGUACAGUGGACGUGCUGAGCUUUAGUCCAUUGUGAUGUGGACAAAAGGUCUAGGAAGGAAACAGGUUUAGUUAUUUUACAAAAUUUAAAUAUAUUCAGUAAAUUUAUAAAUUACACUUAAAUAUCAAAUCCAACUAUGAAGUCUGGUUUAAUUGGUACCAAUAAACAUUGUAUUUCUAUUUAUGUUUAUGUUUUGCUGGCGAAAUACAUUUUAGGCAGAGACGUCCACCCGGUCUUGUUAAAUCGUUUUAAGCUCCUCAAUUCUUUGAAUUCCCCCAUCAGCGAAACCGGUUUGAUAACUUCACACUUAUCUUGAAUGAAAGGUGAGAAGAGGGAUUACAGUAACUGGGGGUUUUGUGGGUGUCACCUCGGAGCGCGCUGUCGCGUUCUAUUCAGCGAAUAGUCUAAAACAAAAUUAUGUUUGCUUCAGCAUUGGAAACAAUAUUGUAUUAGGCUAACUUUAUUAAAGAUUAUACACUUUUGUAUUCUUUGUAUUCGUCUUUUUGCACACACACGCAGGCAUCUUUAAAUUUGAACAGAAAAUAAUAGUGGGCUGGUAGGCACAUUAUUUUUCAUAUAACUUAAAUGGCUGAAUGAAGUUAAAUCUAGACAAUAAAUUAAUAAUUUAUAAUCAUUGAGCUUUUUCAUUUUAUAUACUACCAUGUCAUAUAUUUGUGUCUAAUACUGUUUUAUUUACAUUGUAAAUUACAUGCAGUUUGUAAUUUACUUGCAAUUGUACUUUUUAAAUGUAACCUACGUAUCCACAGUAUAAGCAUAUUUAACUACUUCAGCAGUGAUUAAGAAAUUUGG